AUGGACAUCGAACAGAAAGAUCCUCAGGUAGAGUUGCGUGAGGAUGUCGAGCUUGAUCCCGUGAAGCUCAAGAAGCUGGUCCGGAAGAUCGACUUAUGGUUGAUGCCAGCCAUUUGGAUCAUCUACCUUCUGUCCUUUGUCGAUCGAACCAACAUCGGCCUGGCAAAGGUGGCCGGCAUGGAGGACGAACUGAAUAUCAGCGCGAAUGAAUACUACCUCACGAUAGCGCUGUUUCAAGUCGGUUAUGUUGUCGCAGAGAUUCCGUCCAACAUGAUCCUGUCCGUGACUCGACCAUCGCUCUAUAUCCCGACUCUGAUGGCACUAUGGGGUGCUGUUGCAGCCGCUCUUGGAGCUGUGAAGACCACUCAGCAGCUGAUCGGUCUUCGUGUCUUGCUCGGCAUAUUCGAGGCCGGCUUCAGCCCUGCUGUCCUGUUUUUGAUUUCGACGUGGUAUCGCCCAGAAGAGCAGUCCAAAAGGUUCAUCACCUUCCUGAGCGCAGCCAUUAUGUCCGGAGCAUUUGGAAGCAUCGUCUCUGGUGCUAUCACAUCCGGUAUGGACGGAGCCCAUGGAAUUCCAGGUUGGCGGUGGCUGUUCAUUAUUGAGGGCGUGGCCACAGUCGGAGCCGCGCUCGUCGCCCCGUUUUUCCUGUUGGACUAUCCGUCCACCAGCAAGCGGCUCACCGAGGAGGAACGUUACAUGGCCUUCGAGCGACUCCAGCGCUCGGGUGUGACGAGUCCACACCACCAACAGAGCCGUGCCGGGCACGUAAAGGCACUUACCGGGGCGAUACUCAAUUGGAGAGUUUGGCUUUUGUCGCUGGCUUACAUGUCCGUGGUGGGAUCGCUGUCGCUCAGCUACUUUUAUCCCACGCUUGUCAAAGGUCUGGGCUAUAGUUCGACCAACGCGCAGUUCAUGACCGCCCCGCUAUUCGUGGUAGCACUGGUGAUUGCAAUCCCUACCUGCAUCCUCGCGGACAGAAUGUCGAAAAGAAACGGCUAUUUCGCCAACAGAGCGUUCUUUGUGACGGUGGUGCUCGGAACUGGGGGCAUAUUUUGUGCGCUAGCUGCUGGCAUCCAUGCGUACGUUCCUCGCUACGUCUUUCUCUGCUUCAUCAAUUCGGCCAUCUGGACAGCGAAUCCACUUGCCCUGUCAUUUGCGAGCACGUGUUUGAGAUCGGUCGACCCGGAGCAGAGAGCGGUAUCACUGGCAAUCAUCAAUGGAUCCGGAAAUCUGGCUCAAUUGUAUGGCAGUGCGCUGUUUCCAGGCACUGAUGCGCCGGUUUACCUCAAAGGGUUCGGUGUUUACGCAGGACUGUUGAUCAUCGGGGCUAGCAUGUACUCGGCGGCCUAUUUUGCAUUCCAGAAGUGGCCGUUCAAGCGGUCUCCAGAGGUUGAGGAGUAG